AGUUACAUUCGUCCGUGAUAUCUCGAGUUGUGACAAUUGGAUUAACAGCCGACCUAAAAAAAUAAAAUUAUUUUAUUUACUUCCUCAAUAAUACCUCAAUAUCCAAUUAGUCAUAAUACAAAUUACAGUAACGCAGCCAUACUUCAAAGUGACAGCUAAAAAACCUGAGAUUUUAAAAACAAAAAUAAAAAACAAAGUAACGUAAAGUAAAAAGUGAAGGUGUUGUGAAAUUUGAGCAGUUGUAUAGAAAAAGUAAAAGAAAAAAAUCUAAAAUGGUUCAACAGUACCAGUCACCCGUACGGGUCUACAAACACCCAUUUGCACUUGUUAUGCUGGCGUACGAGAAAAGAUUCCCCACAUGUCCACAAAUUCCAGUAUUUGUUGGAUGUGACGUUACGAAAGAUGAAGAAAGUCAAGGUGGAGCAAUCAGAACUACUGAGAGACGAUGCAAACUCAAUGUUGAAGCUCCUUAUAUUUUAAAAAAGAUUAUCGGAGUUGACUAUGUGUACUUUGUACAAAAAAAUGUCUUAGACAGACGUAAUAGUAUUUUAGAAAUUGAAGCAUGGAAUGAAAGUUUUUCAUCACGAGUUACAGUUAUUGAAAAAUGUAGAUACUUUAUACAUCCGGAAAAUAGCGAGUGGACAUGUUUCGAGCAGACAGCGAGUUUGGAUAUCAAAAAUUUCUUCGGCUUUGAAAACUCAAUGGAAAAAUUAGCCAUGAAACAGUACGCCCAAAAUAUAGCCAAGGGUAAAGAAAUAAUUGAAUAUUUUAUAAAUGAAUUGAAAGAACAAGGGGUAACUUACGUCGCGCCAUGGGUUGAACCUGAAAAAGUUCCUACUCCAGAUGACGAAAAAACCGUCGAGACUGAAGAAAGCAACGAUCAAAAUACCGUCGAAACAGAAACGAAAUUGCCGACGAACAAAGAAAUAAAACUAUCCUCUGAUUAUAUAGAAAGAUAUUUAGGUAAAUUAGAUUUAAUGCAAGAGAGCAAGUUGUUGCAGUUACGUCAAAGUAUUCAAGAACUGCGAGGCGCAUCAGUGCCAAAUGACGCCACAUUGUUGCGAUUUUUACGUGCACGUGAAUUUAUGGUUGAUAAAGCUAAAGAAAUGUUGACCCAAUCACUUCAUUGGCGUAAGAAAUUUCAAAUUGAUAAAUUACUUGAUGAAUACGAGGCUCCGCGGGUCGUAAAAGAUUAUUUCCCCGGCGGAUGGCAUCAUUGCGACAAGGACGGCCGUCCACUUUAUAUUUUACGACUUGGACAAAUGGACGUCAAGGGUUUGCUUAAAUCGAUCGGUGAAGAUGAAUUAUUGCUGCUGGCUUUACAUAUUUGCGAGGAAGGACUGUCACUAAUGGAAGAAGCAACAACUGUCCUAGGACACCCGGUGUCUCAGUGGUGUCUGCUUAUCGAUCUUGAAGGAUUGAAUAUGCGUCAUUUAUGGCGUCCAGGUAUUAAAGCUUUACUGCGAAUAAUUGAAAUCGUCGAAGCAAAUUACCCAGAAACAAUGGGUAGAGUUUUGAUAAUUCGCGCUCCGAGAUGUUUCCCAAUUCUUUGGACAUUAAUUAGUACAUUUAUACAUGAAAAUACCAGAAACAAAUUUAUAUUUUACUGCGGAAGUGAUUAUCAAGAACAGAAUGACGGAGGCCUGACGGAUUACAUCGACGCUGAAUAUAUUCCCGAUUUUCUUGGCGGCCCAUCCGAGACUUAUGUUAUGGAAGGGGGAGUGGUGCCCAAGAAUUUAUACAGAUUGGAUCUAGAAGCAGCCUCUAAUGAUCAUGAGCACAGUUUAUAUCAUUCUAUCAGUUUAGCACACGGUCAGGUUCAUCACGUUGCUAUCAAUACCAAUGACCCUGGUGCUGUGCUCACUUGGGACUUUGAUGUCAUGCGUCACAAUGUUAUCUUCACUGUUUUGUAUGAAAAACCAGAUGCCGCAAACACCAACGGUAAUUAUUUAAUUACUGAUAAAAAAUAUAUUUUAUUGAUAUAUUUAUUUUUUGUAACAGAAUCAUUGGAAGUUACUUCAGCUGACUCAGAUUCAUUGAAAGAGUGGAAAGAAGGCGUUAAUUGUGUCAAAGUUGAAUCGAGUGUUGUCUGUCAUGAUGGAGAAAGUAUUCAGGGCACACACAUAAUUCAAGAACCUGGAACUUAUAUUUUGCAAUGGAAAAAUCCAGAUGAGGGUGAAUUUCUUCCUUCUAUCAGCUCACACAAAGCUCAACUAAUGUACUUCUAUGAAGUAUUACCAUCUGCGCAUUAUCGGGGAUCAAUGAUGAGUCUUCAGUCGGCUGUAAGUGGACGCUCUUUUGCAAGCUCUUCGUUGUCCAGAUGAGAGAUAGAUCUCCUUCGUAAAGGAAUCAGUAUUGAUCCUAUUCCUGAUACGUAAAAAUAAUAACAAUUACAAUAAUAACAAAUUUAAUAUACAAGUCAAUUCACAAUAAUGCAGAAGUAAAGUCAAUUUUUAUUUAAAAUCAAUUUAAUUAUCAUUGAAAUUAACUGAUUUAAUAAUUGUGUCAAAUCAAUAUCGACCGUAAAUAAUAUUGAUUAAUUAACAAAUUAUUAAUUUUACAAAAAAAAAUAAUACUAAUAAUAUACAUACAGUUAAAAGGUGUUGGGAGUUAUACGUUGACAAAUUAUUUUCAUACAUAAAAAUAUGAAGUAGAUACGUAAAAGAAUUAAUAUAAAAAUUAUUAAUCAUUGCUCCAUAUUAAUAAGUAAUGAAACAUAAAUAUAUAUACAUAUAUUUUUAAUUUAAAAGAAGAAAGAAUAAUAAAAUUUAUAAGUAAAAUUUAUAACUGAUCUCUUCCAUCGCAGGAAUACAAAGAAAUUAUGUAAAUAAAUAAAAAAUAUAUAAAUUUAUUGAUUAAUGAGAAUUAAUCAAGAGCAAGAUCAAUUAAAUCUGACGAACCGGUAUAUUAAGUAUUUUAAAAAUAUAAAAUUAUAUAUAAAGAUAAUAAAAGUUUAAUAUAUUUGUUGAGAUAUAUAAAGAGGGCGAUAUUAAAUUCUAUCCGUCCGUCAGAUAAUUGCUGUAGUUUUAAUCAAAAUGAUUAUUAAUUAUUAAUGAUAAAUUUUAAGUCGAUGCCAAUAGAAUUGAUCAAUUAGAUUGCUACGUAAUUUUAUUAGUGACAAUAUUUGUAGUUUAAAUUUUUUUAGCUAUUGCUUAAGUAGAUUGCAGUUUUAUAUUAAUUAUUUUCAUAUAUUGAUAUUGAUAUUGAUAUUAAUAGUAUUUUUAUCAGCAAUCAUUGUAACAAUAAUAUAAUUAAUCACUAUUUUAUUUACAAUUAUUUUUUUUUAAAAAAUCGUUAGUCAACUAUCGAAAGAUCUACGUAUUUUUUUGGAGUUCUAUAGAUUUAUUAGCAAUUGAUAUCAAUCACGACGAAUUACAAAUAAAAAUAAAAUCACUAGGUGAUUAGUAAAUAAUAAAGUUAUUAAAAAAUUGAUAAUUAGAUAAAAAUAAAUUAAUAAAUCGAGUUGAUCGUUGGAAAUAAAUUUUUAUUUUAAAUAAAAUAGAAAUUUCAUUAAUGUUUAAAAGUAUGAACAAACGAAAUUCGUUUAAUUAUGAAAUUUUAUUAAAAUAAAUAGACUUGUUUUGACAUAAAACGUAAAUAUUAUCAAGCAUUUUAAAUCCAU